AUGGAGGAUGCGGAGGAGUGGACCAAAAGAGAAGAUGAGGAUAUUUCACCUCCGAGAAUCCUCCGAUCACAGCGCAGAAGCGAUGCAACUAAUGAGAACACCAGGAGGACUCCACCUCCUCCAGGAUGGUUUAGUGAAAUUCGGAUGGAGCUUGGCAUCCAAAAGGUCAAAGAAGCAGCAUUGGAUGGGUUCUUAGAGAUGCUAGAGGCACGGUUGGGGUUCAUCCGAAUCAUCUUUGAAGUGGACGCAAAGGAGUUGGUGGAGAUAGUUCAAGGUGCUUCACAAAAGGUCCAAAUUCAUCCUCUUUGCCAGGAUAUUCGUAGAGCCCUAUCUUGCAUCCCUGAGGCUGAGGUGAGAUUUCAUGUAAGGGAAGGUAAUAAAGUUGCUGAUAGAAUAGCUAGGAUGGCUCUCUCGUUUGUGUCUGAUGCCCCUAGGUUAUAUACUAUCAUGCCAGAGUGGAUUAAGCAUUUGGCUUUAAGGGAUUAUCCUACAUUGUAA